AUGAAUUUCACUAAUAAAGUAAAAUUAUUGCAAUUAUUUUCUUCUACUUUAACUCAACCUCGGCUUAAUGUCCGACCUGCAGUAUUGAUACUUAGUCGUUCCUAUCCACGACCUACAAGUUUCCCAGACUACUUUCAAAACCCAAUAUUUCGGAAAGAAGACCAAGCGAAAUUCUUGGAAAACAAUGAGAUCAGUAAAUUAGCAACAAUUCCUGUUAAGCCACCGACGGUGGCAGAAACUUCAUCUGUUUAUUUUGAUCCUCUUGUUAAUAAGGUCAUCAAUCAUGUAAUGAAAAUGGGUAAUAAAAAACUAGCAAGAACUUUAGUUGAAAAGGCAUUUGAAAAUAUAAAAAGAAUACAGAUUGAAAGAUAUCAUUUAGCAAAAACAGCUGAAGAUAAAGCAAAGAUUGAGCUUAGUCCUAGAGUUAUCCUAAAUAAAGCUGUGGAAAAUUCAAAACCAUUGCUUCAACUCUUGCCUAUUAAAAGGGGUGGAAUUACGUACCAGGUUCCCAGCCCAAUAACUGAGAAGAGAUCAUUAUUUUUGGCUAUCAAGUGGUUGCUGGAAGCCACUAACGACAAGGAGCGAACAGUACAUUUUCCCGAGCAAUUUGCUUGGGAAUUACUAGAUGCUGCAAAUAAUACUGGCAAGGUGGUGAAGAGGAAACAAGAUCUUCAUAGACUCACAUUUUUGAAUCGAGUAACUCGACGAAAACAAAAAUCGAUCGCCAUGAGGAUAAAAACAGAUAGAUCAACAGCAAGUGCAUUCACGAAAUUUCGGCUUCUUAUAUGGAAAAACUUUUUGCAACAAUGGAGGCAUCGAUGGCAGACUCUAUUAGAGCUAAUUUUACCUGUUGGCACCAUGGCAUUGGUGCUGAUAGUCCGCAUGGAAAUAGAACCAGCCAGCAGAGACGUAAUACGAUAUCCGCCUUUACCUGCGCACACGCUUAACUAUUCUUUGCCCGUUCUAACCGGGAUGAAUAUAACCCAAAUGUCGGUCGCGUACUCCCCAGAAAAUCCGCUGCUAGAAGACAUCGUUCGAACAGCGGUUGUAAAAUUAUUCUUUAAAAACAUUAGAGAUAUUGUAAAUCAAAUCCCAGACUUUCCCGAUAUACCUAUAGAUGGGAAUUCCACUUUGAUUAUACAGGAGAUCGUAAAAUCACUCGUCAAAGUGCAAGCGUAUAAUAGUAGUCAAGAUUUAAGGGGCAUUUAUUUAGAUGAGAUUUACACUCGCAGAGUAUUAGCUGCGGUGCAGUUUGAUGACGAUUUGAAAGGGACUUUGGAGUUGCCCCGCGAUCUAAAAUAUUCUUUACGUUUUCCGGAAAGGCCCAGAUUGAAUUCGUUCUUCUCCACGGGCGGGAACUCGUGGCAUUCAGAUGACGUUUUUCCAUUUUUCCAAUUGCCUGGACCGAGGUUCCCGAACUCAUGGGAAGGUGGAAAUAAUCCAGGUUACGUUAACGAGAUGUUUAUCGCCCUACAAAAUUCGAUAUCAAUGGAGCUUAUCUCUCGGUUGACAAACACGGACCUUAACAAUUUCGACGUGCACAUUCAAAGAUACCCUCAUCCAGCGUUCAUAGAGGAUCUAGCAGUGGAUGCCCUAAAUUUUAUUUUCCCGAUGUUCGUGAUGAUCAGCUUCAGUUACACAGCUGUUAAUAUAGUUCGAGCCAUCACAUUGGAAAAAGAAAAACAACUUAAGGAAAUCAUGAAAAUAAUGGGUCUACCUACUUGGUUACAUUGGACGGCGUGGUUUGUAAAGCAAUUCAUAUUUAUGCUAGUAAUUUCGUCUUUUCUUGUGGUACUACUAAAGAUCAAUUGGUUUACAAACGAGGAAGGUUUCAGUGACUAUGCCGUCUUUACUAACACACCGUGGACUGUCCUUUUCUUCUUCAUAACUUUGUACUUGACGUGUAUGAUAUUUUUUUCCUUUAUGCUCAGUGGAUUCUUUAGUAAAGCCAGUACAGCAGCGCUCUUCACUGGCGUUAUAUGGUUUUUGACUUAUUUACCAUCAUUUCUUCUGAGCAUGGAGACAGAAGUGCCACCUUUACUCCAAGGGUUGACUUGCUUAGCCAUAAAUUCUGCCAUGUCAUAUGGUUUCCAACUGCUUAUAUCCAAGGAGAGUCUUGACGGUAUGACAUGGGACAAAUUUUUCACAACCCAUGCUCUUGACUCCAACAGAUUUUUGUUUGGGCAUGUCGUAAUUAUGUUGGUCUUUAAUUCGGUACUGUAUUUGCUGUUGGCUUUGUACUUUGAACAGGUUUUACCAGGCCCUUGGGGCACACCGAAACCGUGGUAUUUCCCUGUACAAAAAUCAUUUUGGUUUCCAAAAGCAGUAGACAAUUCAGUUUUGGAAGUUGAGCCUGAAGAUACGACUAUAGUUAAGGAAGAUGACCCCACCAAUCACGCUGUAGGAGUCAAGAUUACUAACUUAUCAAAAGUAUACGGAAGUAACAUUGCCGUUAAUAAUGUUAAUCUGAACAUCUAUGACGAUCAAAUCACUGUUUUACUGGGACACAACGGAGCUGGAAAAUCGACAACAAUCUCUAUGUUAACGGGAAAUGUCCCAAUAACAAAAGGCAGUGUACUUUUGGCGGGGUAUAAUAUUGCCACUCAAUUGCAGUUGGCUCGUGCUCACUUGGGCCUUUGCCCCCAACAUAACGUUCUAUUUGACGAGCUCACUGUUAAAGAGCACUUAGAAUUUUUCGCAAGGCUUAAAGGAUUUAGCGGUGAGGAGUUAAAUUUGGAGAUUAACACGCUUAUAGAAAAAUUGGAGAUGCAAGAAAAGAGGGAUUACUUAGCUAACGGCUUAUCUGGUGGUCAGAAAAGGCGAUUAUGUGUUGGGAUUGCUCUUUGCGGUGGAGCUCGUGUAGUUUUAUUGGACGAGCCGACAUCAGGAAUGGAUCCCGCAUCACGUAGAGCUCUUUGGGAUCUCUUAGAAAGAGAAAAAAAAGGCCGAUCGAUGAUACUAACUACUCAUUUCAUGGACGAGGCUGACUAUCUCGGUGACCGUGUAGCUAUAAUGUCCAGCGGCACCUUACAAUGUAUAGGCUCCCCCUACUUUCUUAAGACCCACUACGGUAUUGGAUACACGCUCGUCGUAGUCAAGAAUGAAGGGUUCCAACUUGACGGUUGUACUGAGCUUAUUCGCAAAUAUUUACCUGAAACUGUUCCUAAGGAUGAUGAUGCCGUCGAAGUAACUUAUAGAUUGCCAAGCUCGCAGCGCCACGUUUUUGAGGAUAUGCUAAAAGAAUUGGAAGAUAAUAUCACUUCAAUUCACUUUAAAAACUACGGUCUACUUGCUACUACACUGGAAGAUGUUUUUAUGUCAGUUGGUUCCGACAUCGAAGUAAGUUCAAUGUCUGACGACACUACGAUUGGAGAUAAUUCCGAUGAUCUUAAAGAUAACGGGUUUGAUUCAUCAUCAUUGGAAAAACUUGAAAAAAGCCAAAAAACUGUGACAGGCUGUCGCUUAGUAUGGAUUCAUGUGACGGCGAUCUGGCUGAAAUUGUGGCUCGUGUGGACUCGCUCUUGGGGAAUCCUUUUGCUACAGAUCUUAGUGCCCAUACUACAGAUAACUAUCAGUUUAGCUAUCACAAACUAUAUUCUAGUAAAUCGCUCUAUUAUUAUGGCAAGAAUUUUAUCUCUUACUGAAGGGUAUAUAUCAACUGAGACGUUCUUGACCUUUAACGGCACGGACACGCUGUCCCUCGGAAGUCUUGCCAGGGCAGGUUAUAAUCUAAUAUUUAGUAAUGCAAAUCUUAAUUCAAUGGAGCUCCAGGAUUUAAAUGGAAAAGCAGUCGAUGAAAUGUAUUUAGAGCGAACGGAAGAUCCAAUAGCUAUGGGCCUUCUGCGCAACAAAAUUUUGAUAGGUGCAACAUUUGAUGAUGAAUCGGCAACAGCAUGGUUCAGCAACUUUGGUUACCACGACGUUGCUACAGCACUAGCAACGGUCCAUAAUGCUCUUCUCAAGGGAAUCCUGCCUGAAGCAAAUCUCACAGUCUAUAAUCAUCCCAUCGAUGCUAACUAUAAGGAUAAUACUGAUCUCCAAACUAUGGUGUCCCUGCUUUCUAUGCAAGUAGCCACAGCCGUUGGAAACAGUUUAGCUAUUGCGAGCGCUGUCUACGUUAUGUUUUAUAUUAAGGAACGCGUAAUUCGAGCGAAACUUCUUCAAAAAGCUGCUGGGGUUCGACCCGUGGUCAUGUGGGGUUCGGCUGCUGUAUUCGACUGGGUGUGGUUUCUCAUACUCAGUCUUACCAUUAUUGCAUCGUGUGCAGCUUUUAAUGUAGUAGGACUUAGGACACCGAGUGAAAUAGGGCGUAUGUACUUAUGUCUGAUGGUGUAUGGCGCUGCUAUGUUACCCCUUCACUACUUAUUUUCGCUAGUCUUCAAUGGACCAGCUGUAGGCUUCGUUAUUAUGUUCUUUAUUAAUAUACUGUUUGGCUUGAUGGGCGCCCAGAUAGUAGAGACCUUGGGCUCGCCGUUUCUAAACACUGGCCACGUCGCCAAAUAUAUGGAUUACGUGCUGCAGUUCUUCCCAUUGUAUAGUCUUGUAACAUCUGUAAGGUCAUUAAAUCAAAUCGGGUUAACGGAAUUUUCGUGUAUGGAAAUGUGUGACUACCUACUGAGCACCUUCCCUGAUGUCAUGGAGUGUACCAUGCAAAACAUUUGUGAAAAAAUCUCUCCAAAUUGCUGUGUCCCCGACAACCCCUACUUCCACUGGACGAAGCCGGGUGUGUCCCGUUACUUGGUCUGUAUGAUGGCUUCCUGUGUUGUUCUAUGGGUUCUGAUGAUGUUGCUCGAGUACAGCUUGAUUCAGAGGAUAUUCACAUGGGGUAAAAAGCCCCCUCUACUCAACGAAGCGAACCUCGAUCCGGAUGUGUUGGAUGAAAUUCACCACGCGAAAACUACGCUCCUUUCCAAGCACACUCUAGUCGCGCACUCUCUCUCUAAAUAUUAUGGAAAGAAGCUAGCAGUCGACCAGAUCUCUUUCACCGUUGGUGAAGCAGAAUGCUUUGGUCUGUUGGGAGUUAACGGAGCGGGAAAGACAACAACGUUCAAGAUGUUGAUGGGAGACGAGUCUAUCUCUAGUGGAGACGCCUUCGUUUGCGGAUAUUCUGUAAAAUCUGAUCUCACUUCGGUGUACGAACAUAUUGGUUAUUGCCCACAGUUUGAUGCUGUGUUUGGAGAGCUAACAGGUCGUGAGACGCUCAAGCUGUUUUCGCUCUUCCGUGGGAUACAUGAUGAACACUCGACGGUACGCGCCGAAGUCCUCGCCGCUGCUCUGGGCUUCACCAAACAUUUAGACAAGAGGGUGGACCAGUACUCUGGCGGCAAUAAACGAAAACUGAGUACAGCUGUAGCACUAAUGGGUGGAGCUCGACUCGUGUUUGUAGAUGAGCCAACAACUGGCGUAGACCCCGCCGCAAAAAGACAAGUCUGGCGCGCCCUUAGGAACGCUAGGCGCGCUAACACAUCGUUCGUACUGACGUCACACAGUAUGGAGGAAUGCGAAGCCCUAUGUUCCCGGCUCACUGUGAUGGUGAACGGACGUUUCCAAUGUCUCGGUUCCCCUCAACAUCUCAAGAAUAAAUUCUCGCAAGGAUUCACUUUGACGAUCAAAGUAAAAACAGCUGAAAACGAUCUAAACCCUUCACCAAUGAGCAACGUUGAGAUUAUUAAGCGCUAUGUAAUGAGUAAUUUUAAUGGUCCACGAUUAAUGGAGGAAUACCAAGGUCUAAUAACCUACUAUCUACCAGAUCGCACAGUGUCGUGGUCUAAUAUGUUCGGAAUUAUGGAAAGAGCUAAGGGAGAUCUGCCUUUAGAAGACUAUAGUAUUUUACAGACCUCGCUGGAACAAAUCUUCUUACAGUUUACCAAAUACCAGGAUAUGGAACAGGAAACCACGGAUUUAUGA